AUGGCUGCAAAUGAAGCAUAUGUCAGAAAUUUAAAAGAAGGAUUGAGUAAUGCAGUAAAUAACAUCAAUGAUAUAAAGGUCCAGUUGAGAUACACAAGUUUAUCACUACUGGAUGUUCAUUCGAAAACGGCCAUACUUAACACUACGUUAACUGGAUAUUUGAAUAAUCUUGCAGACAUAACCAAAAAAGUAGCCUUUACGGCUGGUGUGACGUCAGACAGCAGCUCCUGGAUGAGUGGUACACUGGUGUUUGAUAGGAUCGUUUACACCAUAGGAGGUGGAUACGACUUAAUACUAAACGGCUCGGCUAAAGUCACAACAGCAGCAGACACUAGUGGUUCUUAUGACACAGGUUCAAAUAUGGCGGUGUUAAGGCUUCAAAAAGGAGAUCGUGUUUGGAUAAAAUAUUAUAUGGGGUCUGGUUAUUCUACCAGAAGUUCUGCUCCUGUUACCACAUUCUCUGGAUUCCUGCUAUAUUGA